CCGACACCCCCGCUCACAUUAAGAAGAAAGCCUGCCAAUGUCCUCAAUGCAAUCGUCGUCGAUGGCCCCGCAUCCACCCAAGGUUGUGAUAAUUUUGGCAGACGAGGGCCAAGACCCUACAGAGGUCGCAAUCCCAUGGAAAAAAUUCAGGGAUAGUGGCUGGGAGAUAACAUUCGCGACGGAAAAUGGGAAGGUAGCGAAGGCAGAUGAGAGAUUGUUAUCCAAUGGACUAUUCGCCACCUUUUUGGGCGCAAGCAAAGCAGCUGCCGCGGCUUAUCGCGAUAUGGUCGAGAGCGAGGCACACAAGAAUCCCUUGGCGUGGUCGAUGCAGGGAUUUAGUUUGGUUCCUUACGGUACGGCGAAACCACCAAGUGAAGAAGAUGCUGUUCUCCUACCUGGAGGCCAUGAUAAGCCAAUAAGGCAAUACCUGGACUCCGAGUCUUUGCAUCUUCUCUUGAGGGAAUACUGGCCAUUAGUUAAAAGAUCUGGAGAUGCAAUCACGAGCGAUGAACCCUCAAGAGUUGUCGGGGCCAUUUGCCAUGGCGUAGUAGCCUUAUCAAAUGCUACCCACCCGCCAGCAUCCGGAUCUACAGACCCCAAGGGGCCAAGUCUACUCCAUGAUGUUGAAACAUCCACUUUGCCCUACUGGAUGGAACAAGUUGCCUGGGUCGCAUCCCAGGCAUGGUUCCUUGGUGGCUAUUACAAGACCUAUGGAGCAAGUAGAUCCUGCGCUUCCGAUGUUUCGAAAGUGCUCGAUAACAAAAAACAGCAGUACAAAUGUGGUCCAUUGAGCCAAUCACCAUUCGCCCACGUUGACCCCAACUACCACUAUAUAUCCGCCAGAUUUCCCCGGGAUUCUUGGCUUUUCGCGGAAAAGAUGGUGGACGAAGUUCAGCAAUGCCGGAGCAACUCGAACAAUCAACUCUAGCACGUCUAUUAUAACUAUUACAACUAUUACAUAACCCAUGAAAAUGAAAA